AUGCAGUAUUCGUUGCUACUCGGAAAAAUAUCUCGCUACCCCCGGGCCUUGUCCUUGCAGAAUUCUCUUCACACAUCUACCCGUCUCUUAUAUCCUUUAUCUGACGCACCCAAACCCCAUAGCGCAGACAGCUACUUCAAAGACGCAGACGAGACAGCUCCACAAGACCCUACUAUCCACCGUGUCGACGCCACAUCAGAUGCCGUACAGCGUCCUUACGAGCCACCUUCAGGGCGGUGGAGUCAGGCGGCGGUCAGGACCAGCGAGUACCAUGAACAUGUUAGCAAAGACAAGCCGUAUAACGUGCCCAACGGACGAGCAAAGGGUAACGAACUGGGGUACGGUGGCACCGAGAAACUGGGUCCUGAGACUAGUCAUCUUGAGGAGGGUCCAGGGGGCCAAUCAAAAGGAGGACGCAGACUGGAAUGA